AUGUUAAAGUUUUUAGUGUUGAUUUUAUGUUCAGUCAACUUAAAUGCUAAUGAAUAUUGGAAUACAGCCUAUACAGCAUUUACUGCAACAACAAUAAAUAAUAAUGAAGGUUUAAUUGUUUAUAAUUUAGGGUGGUGGGUUUAAGGUUCAUAUGGAUAAUAGAUAAGUGAUUGUGGAGGAGUGUCAUUAUUUGGAGGUUUUAAUGCAUUUGGAAAAGGGACAAAAGUUUCAAAAUUAAUUACUAUUGCAUCACAUUUCAAAUUGCGGGUUUCCCUUUAAUUCAUGAAGUAAUAAUUAUUAAUAAUAAAAAUUGAAAGAAUAGACAGUUGGGAUUUAGAAUUUUUAUACUUAUUUCUUGAUGAUUAUGUUUAUAUAAGAAAGUGGGGUUUUGAAGGAGUUUAAAAAUGUGGAGCAGGCAAUUAUGAUUUUAUAGAAGAUUAAGUAAAUUUAGAAUUUAUCUUUGAACAUAAAUAACCAACACUUAGUAUUAUUAUGACAACAACUCUUAAUGAAGGUGUAGCUAAUGUAUAUAUAUAAUUUAAAUUUUAUAGGAAUCAUGGGGUUUUAGAGAUUUUAAAGUUGAAUAUAUAUCUUGUUCACCAGGUUGUGUAAUUUGUAAUGAUGAUACUCCUGACGAAUGUUUAUCAUAUGUAGAAUUAGAAUCAAAUUGGUGGAGUAAUUAUAAUUUUGAUGGAUGGACACUUGAUAAUUAGAAUUCACUUACAACAAAUACAUGUGUAAAUAUUGAGUUAGUUGGAAAGAUAACUGGAAGUAAAUAGUUAUCGAAACAAUUUGCAAUUUUGAUUCCACAUUAUUAAUUGAUUUUAUAAGUUCAAUUAUGGAAAUUCGAUAUUUGGAUUAAUAAUUAAUUUACAAUAACUCUUGAUGGAUAAGUUAUAUUUACAACAACAUUUAAUUAAGUUGAAAUAAUUUAAUUAUGUGAUGAUACUAAUGGCGGAGAGAAGAUAUUAAAUAUUCAUCUAAUAAACAUUCACAAAUCUAAUAGUGCAUAAAUUAAAAUGAAUUCUAAUAUUGUUUCAACAAAUGGAUCUUGGGGAUUAAGAGGAUUUCGAUUAUAUAUAAUAAAAUGUUAUACAACAUGUCUUGAAUGUUUUGGACCAAACAAAAAUAAUUGUAAUAUUUGUUAGAAUGGAUAUUAUUUAGAUGGAUCAGAAUGUGUAGAUGGUAUUAUUUUAUAAAAUAUAAUAUAGUUAAAUGGAUUGAUGGUUUAAGAGAAUUCUUUAAUCCUAGUGAUUUUAUAAUUUAAGAUGGAUGGACUAUUUCAAAUAUUUAUAAUAAUUAAUCUCCUUUUUAAAAAUGUGAUAAUAUUGAUCUUGUUGGUGGAUUCAAUUUAUUAGCUAAGGAUGCAUCAAUUAAUUUUAUAUACAAUCUCCCUUAACAUACAAAAAUAAGAAUCAAAUUACAAUUUUGGAAAUUUGAAUCUUGGGAUGCUGAAAUAUUUUAAGUAUUAGAAUAAGGAAAUCUCGUUUUUCAGAAAGAAUUUGGUCCAAAUGGAGUAUUAACUACUUGUGGAUAAUAUUAGACAAGGGUUUAUAAAAACAAUCUGGAUUUUGAAUUUCUACAUGAUUAAUCUUCUAUCAACCUUAUUAUGAAAACUACAUUAGAUGAAGUUGCAAAUAAUGAAGCAUGGGGAAUUAGAGAUUUUUAAUUAUUAUAUGAUAGCUAAAAAUAAUGUAGCUAAUCUAUCAUUAAUACUGUUAAUUUCCCUUCAUUUAUAGCAAACAACUAUAUUUAAUCAUCAUAACAUUCAAUUAAUCAAUCUUUUAAAAAGAAAAUUGAAAUAUCUGAACUUGGAGUCAUUCUAGAACUUGAUUUUGAUUAAACUAUAUCACUUGAUUUAAAUAUUUUCUAAUUGACUUUUUUAACAUCGUGGCCAUGCUAUUUUAAUGAUUAAACUUUUUCUAUUUCCAUUUUACAAAGCAACUAUCCAGAUUAUUAAAAAGCAACAGCAAAAUGUAAUAAAAAACAUUCAAAUGUGUUAAAUUCUUAAUCAAUUUUUGAAAGACCAAUCUAAAAAUAACCAAAAUAAUCUUAAAUCAGAUUAUUGUCAACUCCAACAUUAUUGAAAAUCUUUUAAAUUGCUUAUGAUUAAGAUAUCAUUUUAUAUGAAAUGCUCUUAAAUUGA